GAAAUUUAAUAACUGCUCUGCAUCAGGCUUCUCGACGAAGCUCUCUUCUCUCGAGAUACAACCUUUCUCUCUAUUUCUCUCUCUUCUUUCUCUUUCUCGUAAUCGUGUCUUCUUAAAUUGUCGAAAGAGAAGAAGUGGUAAGCGUUUUCAGGAAGACAGAGGGAUAGUAUUCUGAACUGUCGACAAGGUCGAGACACUCUCUUUCUUUCUCUUUCUCUCUCUAUCAUAUAUGGCAAAAGGUAGAUUCAUCAGCGAAUUAACGGGAGAAUCGAGUGGCCCGUCUCUUUUCUCGAGGAGGACCACAGAACGGAGGCCGCCUACGGAGGUGGUGGUGGUUCUGUGCGGAGGUUGCCGUGUUGGCAAAGGAAGAGAGGGGGAGUACUCCCUCUCUCCGAUACUGGGGAGAAAAAGAGAGAAAGAGAAAGAGAAAGAAAGAGAGAGAGAGAGAGAGAGAGAAAUAGAGAGAAAGAGAGAGAAACACGCUCUCCUCCGGUGCACACUCUCGCGGUGACUUCGACCGGCAAAGUGCUCGCGUUCGUGAAAGUCCACAGACGACUUUCAGGGUCGUCUGCUUGGCUCCUUAGCACAAGCUCUCCUUCUCGUUCGCUCUCUCGAUCUUUUCCUCGGUUCGUCCGGAACUGACUGUUUUGUGAAAAAGGAAUCAUCGCAACGAGCUAAGAUCGUCGCACUCGUAAGAACGAUUUGUAACGCGACGUACCUACCGGUUGGAUCUUUUAGAUCUACACUCUGUUGCUCUCUUUGAUUAUUUAUUCAUCGCGAUCAUCAGACGGAAGCAAGAAUCGUAUAUUAUUGGUGUUGUAUGAAUAGAGAAGAAGAAGAAGAAGAAGAAAAAAAAAGGAGGGGGAAGAUAGACCGUAAUAGAAGGUCAUCAAACAUUUAUUUACAUUAGUAAACGAAAUGAGUUCGCGCCUUCGAAGUUCUUCAAUGUCGAAGGACAGACCAAAAGCAACGUCAUUUGGAAGCGAUACAUUUUAUUACGAGCCGGAAGAACGAAAUGAUAAAAGGAAUGGCAAAGCGGCGCGGGAAAAUAGUUAUCGCUUUGGAGAUUUUCGUAGGGAGUGUUCUGAGAGAAAUGGUAGACGGUUCGGAGAAGAAAUCGAAGAGGAUCCAGAUAUUCUUUAUAAGAGAAGCAAGGAUCGGUUUGCAUCAUGGGAUAUGAAAGAUAUAGCUGGACGUAAGGAAAUAAAUGAAAAGAAGAAGGAAGAUGAGGAGGCGGAGGAAGAGGAGGAAGAGGAGGAAGAGGAGGAUGAUGAAGAUGUGAAUGAUAACAAUGAUAAGCCACCGUUGCUUUACGAGGAAUACGUCCCAAGUCCGAGAAAAGAGAAUCAGAAAGAAAAGAUUAUCAAUCGAGAAAUACACGGAUCGAGAAAAGACGAGACGAGGAAGAAUGAAGAUUCCUCGGAAGGAGUCGAUUCACGAAAUUAUAUGUUCGCGGAGUCCUCGGCUGUUCGAAGAAAUGGUGAGAACCGAAAGAAAACGAGUUUUCCUAGUAUCGAUGUACGAACGGAUACAGAUCAUAGGAUCGGAGCCAUGAUCGAACGAUUGAAAACACGCGAAGAGGAUAAGUUGAGAAAUAGAAGAGAACGGGGAAGUCCGGAGAGAGGGGGGGUUAUUUCGUCGACGAUCGAGGAUCGUCGUCAACGUCGACGUCGACGUUGUCUCGUCGACGAAGAGCUUGGAAAUCGUCAGGAGGAUGAUACAAAAACGUCUGUUGGUUACGAUCAACGUUUCGAUGAUUUCUGUAAAUCGAAUAGAGGCGAGGAAACGCGCGUGGAUCGUAGAAGAUCGAGGAGUAUCGAGAAAGUUUCCAGGUAUGAAUUAGGCCGUGCAAGGAGUAACGACGCGAAUGGUUUUCGAGAGUUAGACGAGCGAAUUCCAAGAUACAUGCUUCGUGAAGCCGAGUCUCAUGUUCGCGAGGAGAUGUUUGGGUUGAACGUCGACGACAAUGUUCGACGUAUAGAAGGUAGACGUGCGCCCUUCGAUAGGGACAACGACCGUCGAGAGAAGGAGAAUUCUUCGAGGAAGAGCCAAGACGCGUACGUAGUCGAAAUCACUCGUAGACGAUCAAGAUCCAAGGACGUCGAGGAGGAUCGAGCUCGUACGAAGGACGAGACGAAGAGUAGUAAUAGUAGUAGUACUACUCGUCCAUAUGAAGUAUUGCCCGGGGAAUUUGAUGUUAGAAUACAGAGAUAUGAAAGAGCAACAGUCGAAGAUAAGAGGGAUCAAGAAUAUUUAAAAAAAAAUCUUCACGAUCCUUCGAAGGAGAGAGAAACGGUUAGGAAGAUUUCUUUCAGCGGAGACACGGAUAUGUAUUCACAAAGGAUGCAUUCGAAGAAAGAGAUCGGUAUAACGAGGAGAACGUCUUUCAAGGAUCAGGAUAAUGAGAUACGAGGACGGAAUUCAUUCAAGAACGAUUCAGAUGGUGGAAUUAAGUGUACGAUAAAGAGUCGAAAGAGUGACGUCACCGAGAGGGAAAAGACCGAAUUGGUAGAUAGUGUCGAUUUAGGAAGAAGGAGUUCUUUCAAAGCGAAACAUCCUGAGUAUGGUAAAAUCUCAUUUGAGGAAGAAGAGAAAGAAAAAAGAUCGUCGAGAGAUCAUACACGAGUCUCUAAUGCAAGAAUAAUAUCAUUCGGGGAUGAUAAAAUUGUUGGGGAAAGAAAACGGACUCCUGAUAAUCAAGAUCGUGGAAUAAUUACCAGUAUCUCUUUCAAGGACGAAAACUCCGUCGAAUCGACUACGAGUCCUAUACGUCGAGUCUCGAAAGAACAGAGAGAAAACGUCUUAGGUAGACGAAUUUCUUUUAAGGAUCGAGGGAUCGAAUCUGAGAGGGAACAUUCUUAUGGGGUUUAUUGCGACGUUGGUAAGGAUCAAAACGAAGAAGAAUCAAAAAGGCGAAGUAGUUCAUUCGACGAUCGAUUCGUCGAAUCUGAUAGAAAUUUUUUCACGAGUCGCGAGAGAGGGGUAUCUAGUGGAACGAGUCCUUGGAAGGAUAGAAAUGAUAUAGAAUCGAGAGUUCGCUCCUCGAAUGGACCGAUGAUAAAGAAAGUAAGUGAAGAAGGUACUCGGGACAAGAAAUUGGAAAAGCAUUCUCGAGCUUUUACAUCAGGGAGAGUAGAUGAGGAUAUAAAAGAAAAUUUUCAAGAAACGAAGGAUCGAAAGGAUUUUUGGCGCGAGAGUAACAGACUCUUUGCUGCAAAAUAUCUUAAAGAGAAUGGUAGAGGGAGAAGAACAGAGGGAGGGAUCUUAGGAAAGGAGAAUAAUGGAAGCCUCGUCGAAGGUGCUUAUGAGGAGGACGAAGGAGACGAGAGCGAAAUCGAGCAAGAAGAUUCGAUUCGAACGAACGGUCGCCGAAUCCCUGAUAAUCGAGAUUUUGAUUCGAAGGGAAGAAUCGCUCGUGAACGAAAUGGUACGACUAUUGUAAGGAUUCGUCCUAAUAUUUCGGAAAAUUCGAGACGACGUCGACGUAUGCAAGAUUUUGGUUUGGAGCGACGCAAAAGGUGCGAUGUGUCUUCACAGCGUUAUGAUAGCGAUGAGGAAAGUGGAGAGGAGGGUGAAAAGGAGGAUCAGAGGAAGGAGGAGGAGAAAGAUAAGAAAAAGGUAAUGCCGAUUGUAAAGGACGAUGAGGAUGCUGACAAUGAGCAACGAUUGGAUUCUUGGCGUGGAACUCGUAGAGAUGGCUUAAUACCAGGAAUACCCCAUGGAUCUACUCCCUCGAGAAGACUUUGGAAUUAUCGCGAAGGGGGUGUCCUGAUCACGGACGUCGAGGAGGGACAGCCAUGUUUACAGUGUGGAGACGUGUGUCCUGGAUUUUCCCCACAUAUUUGGAGGUGUUCAAAUACGGUGAGUCUCGGAUACCGUCGUUCUCACCCACGCAUUUACGAGUGAGAUCACCUUUAUACUUUAGACUUCAUGCUGCGACGAAGGUGUUAUGGCGCGAGAGUCUUUCCUGUCCUUCCAAGAAAAAUGUAAUAUAUUAAUGUAGGAUUUAUAGAAUUCGUAGGAUUCAUCGUGGAGAUCCGACGAUAUUGAAAAAAAAGAAAAGAAAAAGAAUAUACAAUAUUUCCAAGAAAUGAUAUUUAAUAAUCGAUUAAAAAUCAAAUGGAGAAUAUCAAGAAUAAAGAUAAAGAUCAUGAUAAAAGAAGUUUAACGACUGAUAUCUGCAACCUUUAAAGACUCAUUCUUC